AACAUUAGUCGUCUUGUCUGACAAGUCAGUAUCGCUUGAUUCUCGAAGGCGAAGUCAUUAUCAUGGCCAUGUACACACGUCCAUUCAGUGUUCUCCUCGUGUUGUGUUAUCUGUUCACGUUGAUUCGGACAGGAAUUGUCCGGAGGACCGCCGAAGGCACACCAGAUCGCACCUGUGGUUACACCGGCUGUCCAAAAACUCAUCCGGAAAAAUUGAACGUUCAUCUUGUUCCGCAUUCGCAUGACGACGUGGGAUGGCGGAAGACCAUUGACCAGUAUUUUUACGGAUCCCGACAAGAAAUACAGAUUGCGAAUGUCCAAUCGAUCAUCGAUACGGUGAUACAGGCGCUGAGGAAAGACCCUGAAAGAAGAUUCAUUUACGUUGAGACGGCAUACCUAUGGAAAUGGUGGAACCUGCAAGAUGCCGAAGUUCACGACGAGGUGAAGACGCUCAUAAAGGAAGGACGACUGGAGAUCAUCGGCGGUGCCUGGAGUAUGAAUGACGAGGCCACCACUCAUUACCAGUGUAUCAUCGAUCAAUCCACUUGGGGAUUCAGACGAUUAAAUGACACAUUCGGGGAAUGCGCGAGACCGAAAAUCGGUUGGCAAAUCGACUCCUUUGGGCAUUCGCGGGAGCAAGCAUCUCUCUUCGCUCAAUUUGGAUUCGAUGCGAUGUUCUUCGCAAGACUCGACUGGGAAGACAAGGAACAACGCUUGAAAGAAAAAACCGCGGAAUUUGUGUGGAGAGCGAGUCCAAAUCUGGGUGAAAAAGUGAAUUUAUUCUCAGUGGCAUUAUAUAAUCAUUAUAGUGCACCCACUGGCUUUUGCUGGGAUAUGCUCUGUGAAAAUUUGCCAUUAGAUGAUCAAUCGUCGAAUGGCACCAAAAAUACUGAGAAUAAGAUCAAUCGAUUCUACAACUACGUGAUGAGACAAGCGUCGCAUUACCAGACGAAUAACAUAAUUCUGACGAUGGGAGACGACUUUCACUAUCAGCAGGCGGAGAUCUAUUUCAGUAACAUGGACAAAUUGAUUAGAUAUACAAACGAACUCUACGGCAAGGAAAUUAACGUCUUUUACUCAACGCCUUCGUGCUACGCAAAAUCCUUGAACGAGGCGAAUAAGACUUGGACGACAAAGUCCGACGACUUUUUUCCAUACAGUCACAACGAGCGCUCCUUCUGGACGGGUUACUACACCUCCAGACCAACGCUGAAGCAUUUCGAAAGACUGGGGAACAAUCUCCUUCAAGUAGUGAAGCAGCUGUCGGUCAUGUCCCAUCACCCAGACAGCGAGAACCUGCAGAUCUUCCGAGAAGUGAUGGGAGUGAUGCAGCACCACGACGCGAUAACCGGCACCGAGAAGCAGCACGUGGCCGAGGACUACGCCAAGUUCUUGCACGAGGGAAUAACUCAAGGGGAAGCUCUCGCCGCCAAGUCCCUGUCUCAAUUGUCUUCCAAGAACGAAAAUACGAACGAACCCUUCAAAACUUGUCUAUUACUGAAUAUAAGUGCAUGCGACCCCUCGGAGGCCUCCUCCACGUUCAUCGUGACCCUCUGGAACCCCCAGAGCCAUCAGGACUCACCGUACAUUCGACUUCCGGUCAUCGGAAAGGGUUACGUCAUCAGGGAUCCCCUGGGAGCAGAAGUUCCUCAUCAAUUGAUUCCAGUUCCAGUUACAGUUUCGAAAAUUCCCGGACGCAAUAGCAGCGCCACUCGAGAACUCGUAUUUCGAGCCUCUGGGAUUCCCCCGCUUGGCUACAAGUCCUACCACGUAACGCGACGAGAGGGCGAAAAUGUCUUGGAUGAAGUGACUCCAGAGGCCGAUGUCACGUCGAUAGGAGUAAAACACAAUAUCUCAGUCCAUGAUAACGGAAAUGUCAUAAUCGAAUGGAAAAAUCAGGAUCUGAGGGUCAUUCAGUCUAUGAAUUAUUACAACGGGGGUAAAAGAUACUUUUCCUCCGGAGCAUAUCUCUUCCGCCCUCAAAAUUCAUCUGCCUACCCCUGCAAUUAUACUGGCACCUACAAAUUUUAUCGGGGAUCUCUCGUCGAGGAGCUGCACCUUACGGUCAACGAUUACGUCAGUCAGGUGGUGCGGGUUUAUGAUGGAGAGGAGAGGGUUGAGGUCGAGUGGAUGGUUGGUCCCAUCCCUGUGGAUGAUGAAGUGGCGAAGGAAGUGAUCGUCAAGUACUCGAGUAAUCUUGUGACCAAGGGGAAUUUUUAUACCGACAGCAAUGGUCGGGAGAUGAUGAAGAGGGUGAGAAAUUCAAGGCCAACGUGGAAUUUGAGUAUUUUACUGGAGCCAGUGGCAUCGAAUUACUACCCGGUGACGACGAGGAUCUCGCUGCUGGAUGAGGGAGGAAAAAUGAGGCUCAGUAUUUUGAAUGAUAGGGCACAGGGGGGCAGCAGUAUCAAUGAUGGUGAGCUGGAGCUUAUGCUGCAUAGGAGACUUCUCAGGGAUGAUCAGCUUGGGGUUGGCGAGCCGCUGAAUGAACAGGCUUUUGGCACUGGAGUCGUGGCCAGGGGGAUACACUACCUCGUGGGUAGCAAUAUGGAGGAACGUGAUGAUGCUGCUGGCAAGGAGAAGACGCUCAUGAAAAAUCUUGCCCUGAAACCUUGGGUUUUCAUCACUCCAGUGGAGAAUGUCGUCUUCGAGGACUGGAAAAAAGAUCAUCAGAUGGAGUUCAGUGGAUUGAACUCCAGACUACCGCCUAGCGUUCAUAUUCUCACGUUGGAACCCUGGAAAGACGGACAGAUUCUACUCCGGCUGGAACAUAUUUUCGAAAUUGAUGAGGCGACGGAGUUAUCCAAGUCUGUCCAGGUCAACCUUACGGAUCUCUUCGCGUAUUUCACAAUCAAAGAAGUUAGGGAGACAACUUUAGGAGCGAAUCAAUGGAUCGAGGAUAUGCGUCGUCUGAAGUGGGUGAUCCAAUCAAAUGAAGUUCCUGAUCAACUUCAGGAGAGCGUAACUUUGCCAGUAAAUAACGGAACAAUUGCGAUUCUCUUGAAUCCAAUGGAAAUUCGUACGUUCAUCAUCUCGAUUGAACAGAAAUCCUGAAAGAACAGAAUGAAAAUUAAUUUAGGUCAAUUUUUCCCGAUAUUCUUGUAAAUAAAAUAUGAAAUAAUUGAAGCUCA